AUGGAGUGCCCCUGGAAAAUGCAGCGAGAUAGUGCACCAACAUCUAGCACAGACCGAACCACUACUACUACUACUGCAUCAACAUCUAGCACAAAACCAACCACCACUACUAGUGCACCAACAUCUAGCACUGAACAAACCACAGCUACUUCCAACCUAACCACUACUAGUGCACUAGCAUCUAGCACAGACCCAACCACUACUACAAGUGCUCGAACAUCUAGCACUGAACCAACCACUACUACAAUAGCACCAAUAUCUAGCACUGAAUCAACCUCUUCUCCUAGUGCACCAACUUCAAUCACUGAAUCAAUCACUACUACUAGUGCACCAACAUACCCAACCACUUCAACUAGUUCACCAACAUCUUUCACUGAACCAACCACUACUACUAGUGCACAAACAUCUAGCACUGAACCAACCACUACUUCAAGUUCACCAGCAUCUAGCACUGAACUAACCACUACUACUAGUGCACAAACAUCUAGAACUGAACCAACCACUACUACUAGUGCACCAGCAUCCAUCACAGACCCAACCACUACUACUAGUGCAACAGCAUCUAUUACAGACCAAACCACUACUAUUAGUGCACCAACAUCAAUCACUGAACCAACAACUACUACUACUGCACCAGCAUCUAUUACAGACACAACCACUUCUACAAGUGCACCAGCAUCUAGCACUGAACCAACCACUACUACUAGUGCAUCAACAUCUAGCACAGACCCAACCACUGCUACUAGUGCACCAACAUCUAGCACAGACCCAACCACUGCUACUAGUGCACCAAAUCCUAGCACAAACCCAACCACUACUACUAGUUUACCAACAUCUAGCACUGAACCAACCACUACUACUAGUGCACCAACAUCUAUCACAGACCCAACCACUACUACUAGUGCACCAACAUCUAGCAUAGACCCAACCACUACAACAAGUGCACCAACAUCUAGCACUGAACCAACCACUACUACAAGUGCUCAAACAUCUAUCAUUGAACAAACCACUACUACUAGUGCAUCAUCAUCUAGCACUGAACCAACCACUACUACUAGUGCACCAACAUCUAGCACUGAACCAACCACUACUACAAGUGCACCAGCAUCUAGCACUGAAACAACCACUACUUCUAGUGCACCAGCAUCUAUCACAGACGCAACCACUACUACAAGUGCACCAACAUCUAGCAUAGACCCAUCCACUUCUACUAGUGCACCAACAUCUAGCACUGAACCAACCACUACUACAAAUGCACCAACAUCUAGCAAUGAACCAACCACUACUACAAGUGCACCAGCAUCUAGCACUGAACCAACCACUACUACUAGUGCAUCAACAUCUAGCACUGAACCAACCACUACUACUAGUGCACCAACAUCUAGCACUGAACCAACCACUACUACUAGUGCACCAAUAUCUAGCACUGAACCAACCACUACUACAAGUGCACCAACAUCUAGCACUGAACCAACCACUACUACUAGUGCACCAAUAUCAAGCACUGAACCAACCACUACUUCUAGUGCACCAGCAUCUAUCACAGACCCAACGACUACUACUAAUGCAUCAACAUCUAUCACAGACCCAACCAAAACUACAAUUACACCAGCAUCUAGCACUGACCCAACCACUGCUACUAGUUCACCAACACCUAGCACAGACGCAACCACUACUACAAGUGCACCAACAUAUAUCACAGACUCAACCACUACUUCUAGUGCACCAGCAUCUAUCACCUACCCAACGACUACUACUAAUGCAUCAACAUCUAUCACAGACCCAACCACAACUACAAUUACACCAGCAUCUAGCACUGACCCAACCACUGCUACUAGUUCACCAACACCUAGCACAGACCCAACCACUACUACUAGUGCACAAACAUCUAGCACUGAACCAACCACUUCUACAAGUGCACCAACAUCUAGCACUGAACCAACCGCUACUACUAGUGCACCAAUAUCAAGCACUGAACCAACCAGUACUACAAGUGCACCAACAUCUAGCACUGACCAAAGCACUACUACUAGUGCACCAACAUCUAGCACUGAACCAAUCACUACUACUAGUGCAUCAACAUCUAUCACUGAACCAACCAAUUCUACUAGUGCACCAACAUCUAGCACUGAAUCAACUACUACUACAAGUGCACCAGCAUCUAGCACUGACCCAACCACAACUACAAUUUCACCCGCAUCUAGCACUGACCCAACCACUGCUACUAGUGCACCAACACCUAGCACAGACCCAACAACUACUACUAGUGCACCAACAUCUAGCACUAAACCAACCACUACUAGUAGUUUACCAACAUCUAUCACCGACCCAACUACUACUACUAGUGCACCAACAUCUAGCAUAGACCCAGCCACGACUACUAGUGCACCAACAUCUAGCACUGAAUCAACCACUACUACAAGUGCACCAACAUCUAGUAAUGAACCAACCACUACUACAAACCCAGCCACUACUACUAGUGCACCAACAUCUAUCACUGAACAAACCACUACUUCAAAUGCACCAACAUCUACAUCUAGCACUGACCCAACCACUGCUACUAGUUCACCAACACCUAGCACAGACCCAACCACUACUACUAGUGCACAAACAUCUAGCACUGAACCAACCACUUCUACAAGUGCACCAACAUCUAGCACUGAACCAACCGCUACUACUAGUGCACCAAUAUCAAGCACUGAACCAACCACUACUACUAGUGCAUCAACAUCUAGCAAUGAACAAAGCACUACUACUAGUGCACCAACAUCUAGCACUGAACCAAUCACUACUACUAGUGCAUCAACAUCUAUCACUGAACCAACCAAUUCUACUAGUGCACCAACAUCUAGCACUGAAUCAACUACUACUACAAGUGCACCAGCAUCUAGCACUGACCCAACCACAACUACAAUUUCACCCGCAUCUAGCACUGACCCAACCACUGCUACUAGUGCACCAACACCUAGCACAGACCCAACAACUACUACUAGUGCACCAACAUCUAGCACUAAACCAACCACAACUAGUAGUUUACCAACAUUUAUCACCGACCCAACUACUACUACUAGUGCACCAACAUCUAGCAUAGACCCAGCCACGACUACUAGUGCACCAACAUCUAGCACUGAAUCAACCACUACUACAAGUGCACCAACAUCUAGCAAUGAACCAACCACUACUACAAGUGCUCCAUUAUCUAUCACUGAACAAACCACUACUACUAGUGCAUCAACAUCUAGCACUGAACCAACCACUACUACUAGUGCACCAACAUCUAGCACUGAACCAACCACUACCACAAGUUUACCAGCAUCUAGCACUGAACCAACCACUACUACUAGUACACCAGCAUCUAUCACAGACCCAACUACUACUACUAAUGCACCAACAUCUAGCAUAGACCCAUCCACUUCUACUAGUGCACCAACACCUAGCACAGACCCAACAACUACUACUAGUGCACCAACAUCUAGCACUAAACCAACCAAUACUACUAGUGCAUGCACCAGCAUCUAUCACAGACCCAACCACUUCUACUAUGAACCAAUAUCAAGCACUGAACCGACCACUACUAGAAGUGCACCAACAUCUAGCACUGACCCAAGCACUACUACUAGUGCACCAACAUCUAGCACUGAACCAACCACUACUACUAGUGCAUCAACAUCUAUCACUGAACCAACCAAUUCUACUAGUGCACCAACAUCUAGCACUAAAUCAACUACUACUACAAGUGCACCAGCAUCUAGCACUGACCCAACCACAACUACAAUUUCACCAGCAUUUAGCACUGACCCAACCACUGCUACUAGUGCACCAACACCUAGCACAGACCCAACAACUACUACUACAUCUAGCACUGAGCCAACCACUACUACUAGUACACCAGCAUCUAUCACAGACCCAACCACUACUACUAGUGCACCAACAUCUAGCAUAGACCCAUCCACUUCUACUAGUGCACCAACGUCUAGCACUGAACCAACUACUACUACAAGUGAACCAACAUCUAGCAAUGAAUGCACCAACAUCAAUCACUGA